CCCUCGCUUGUGUCAGGCCAUUUCUUGUAAAUACCCACAGUUCGCAGAAGAAACUCUUCCUGAAUGGGCCUGAGAGACGCAGCCAUUGGCGAGACCGAAGCAGCUUUGGCAAGCCCCGCCCCUGCCGUUUCAUUCAUGUAGCACAACAAACGUUACGGGCGCCUCGUCCAGGAGCGCACUUGAUUUAUUCUGAGGCAUCGAUCAGCGCCGCGCACAGAGCCAGAAGCUCGCCCAGCUGUUUGACUGUGAAAGGGAACAAUCUGAGGGGACAGGCGCGCUGUCAAGAUGUCAAACUCGGGAGGCCGCAGAUUGAAGCAGUGGCUGAUGGAGCAGAUCCAAAGUGCGCAGUACUCUGGGCUGCAGUGGGAGGAUGAAAGCCGCACUAUGUUCAGGAUUCCGUGGAAACAUGCCGGGAAGCAGGAUUACAACCAAGAAGUUGACGCAUCUAUUUUCAAGGCCUGGGCUGUGUUUAAAGGCAAGUUUAAGGAGGGGGACAAGGCUGAGCCGGCAACUUGGAAGACCAGACUGCGCUGUGCCCUCAACAAAAGCCCUGACUUUGAAGAAGUGACCGAGAGGUCACAGCUGGACAUUUCCGAGCCCUACAAGGUGUAUCGCAUCGUGCCCGAAGAGGAGCAGAAGCACGGCAAAGUACCAGUGAUGCCCAUGACGGGUACCUCCAGUUCUGGUGAGCUCGCAGACAUGGACUGCAGCCCUACAGAAAUAGAGGAGCUCAUCAAAGAGGAGGAGGGCUGCAGCAUUCAAGCAAGUCCCGAGUACUGGUCCCAGGGCAGCAUAAAUGUCCCAGCUUUCCCUCUGCAUCAGGACCCAAUGCCAUCAAGCAACCUCGGUUCAGCUUUCUCCCAGUUGGUGAUCACUUUCUACUAUGGAGGCAAGCUGAUGUACAACACAGUGGUUACUCAUCCAGAGGGCUGCCGGAUUUCCCCCCAGCAGCACCUGGGUCGUGGCGCCCCCUACAGUUCGGACAGCAUGCAGAGCGUUCACUUCCCCCCGGCAGAGCUCAUAGAGUAUGACCGGCAGCGCUACGUCACCCGCAAGCUGCUGGGUCACCUGGAGAGAGGCGUGCUGGUGCGAGCCAACCAAGAGGGCAUCUUCAUCAAAAGGCUGUGCCAGAGCCGCGUCUUCUGGAGCGGGCUGGGGGACGGGAGCUCCCAGUACGGCUCCAUGCCCGGGAAACUCGAGAGGGACUCUGUGGUCAAGAUCUUUGACACGGGGAGGUUUUUUCAAGCUCUCCAGCUCUAUCAGGAAGGUCAGAUUCCUGCUCCCGAUCCCUCGGUGACGCUGUGUUUUGGAGAGGAACUGAACGACCACAGCAACGUCAAGAGCAAGCUGAUCAUUGUGCAGAUCACCAUGGUGAACUGCCAACACAUGCUGGAGUCCCUGAACAUGCGUCGCUCGCAGUCUUACAGCAGCAACCCGAGCGUGGAGAUGAGCGACGACGUGGCCACCGAGCAGAUGGCCCGGAUCUACCAGGACUUGUGCAGCUACAGCGUUCCUCAGAGGCCCGCGUGCUACAGGGACAAUAUGCCCAUCACCGCCUGACCGGUCUCACCAAGAUUCACUUUGAAACAUAUCCGACAUCCUUUUUUACAUGUUUCACGCGUACUGGAGAGGUGAACCGAAAGAAAGCAUCAUCUCUAUUCCCUCAGAGUAGGACUUUUAGAGGGAGGCCUGGUUUCAAAGCUCCGCUUCCGGUUUUGCAUGUAGUUUAUGUUGAAUCCAUGCGAGGUACAUACAAACGUUAUCAUUUUUUUUAGGCAGUAUGUUACAAACGGGUAUCGAUAAAUACUUCACGUCGCCGAAGCUUCAUCGACUCCAGGUUUGUAUGAGUAGGCAGUUUAGUUCUCACGCUGGAUUUUACUCGUUGACUUUUUUCAUAGUUUUAGAGGUUCAAGAUGAUUUUUUAUUUUUUUUUGUCAGUGUGUGUCGAAGUAAAACGCCGCCGAAUAUCAUUUCAUCGCAUUCUAUCGUAUUUUCUACAGAAAAUGAAAUAUUUUUUUAUAUUAAUUGACAUGAAUUGCACAAUGUUUUGGAUGCAAUGUGGCAUUAAAAUAAGGAUAGGUUUUACUAUCAGACAGUUAUUUGUGUGAACCGUGUUUCUAAUAAAGACUUUUUACUGAAA